CAUCCUUUUUUUUCUCAUUUCUUUCUUUCUUUCUAUCAUGGACUUUGCAGGGAGAACGCGUGUUCUGACUCUGACCUUGAUUUUUCUGGUGACACCAGCGGAACAUGAACGUGACACUGUUCAAGGGUCAGAGGUCAUCAGAGUAUCUGAAGGAAGUGACGUCAUCUUACCGUGUUCCAUCGAGGAGAGUGUUGAACAACAACUCUUUGACUGGAGGAAAGAUGGAGAGAAGAAGAAGGAGGUGUUCAUGUACGAUGCUGGUCUUCAUUAUAACAACGGUCUACGAGAUCAAGAUGAUCAGUUCAGAGGACGAGUCUCACAUUUUCCAGAUCAGAUGAAGUUUGGUAACGCCUCCAUCAGGAUUAAUAACACAAAGAUCACAGACUCUGGAAACUACACCUGUUACUUUCCACGUAUUAAUGGAGGACUGACAUUCUACAUGAAGCUGGUUGUUGGUUCAGUUCCCAAACCCAGCGUCACCAUAUUUAAUGUGACAGAUUCUGGGGUCCAGCUGAAGUGUGAGGUUCAAGGAGCUUUUCCAAAGCCAGAGCUACGGUGGAAGGACAGUGAUGGAAACAUCCUUGAUGCUGAGGAGCCUGAGAUCUCAGAGAGAGACGGCCGCUACCACGUCACCCUCCAAACUACUGUGACCUCCACCACAACCACCAGCUUCCAGUGUGUGGUCCAACAGAAGGACCUGAACCAUGAGACUGCUUCUACCAUCACUGUGUCUGAGAAACUGUUUGUGGACACGUGCAGUAAAGUGACCAUUGAAGGGUUCAUGGCCGGAAUGAUGGCUGGAGCUAUACUUGUGGCUGCAUUCGCAGCUUUACUUCUGGAUUUUAAUUGCAUCAGGAUCAGUUGGAUCAGAGGAACUAAGAAGAACAAAGAAGAUGAACCUGAAACUAAGAAGCCACUCAGCUCUGAUAAUAUUACUGUAUAACACAACUCAACAUUACAACCAUCAGCCCAGUCACCAUCACUUAUUACCUCAGUGGAAAGAACUAAAACCAAAGGACAGUCAAUAACAGUCAACUAAUGGUUUUUAGUAUCAUAGUCUUAUUAUUCACCUUCAUUUCUGUUGUUAUUGACUCUAUCUACAUAAAAGUGAAUCAAGUCGACUUCCAAGAUCUCAGGGAUCAGAUCAAACAGAGCAGCCUGAAUAAUCUGGUUUUAGUUCUUUAAAUGUCAGGAUGGUGAAGAUGUGUUGUCUCAUUUUAUUUAAACUACUAGUUCUUGUCAUGGCUGUAGUUUGUAGUGAGGAGGAAGUUGUGCUGUAUUGUUGUUUUAUUUCUCAUCAUGUCAGAAAGUCGUGGUGGUUUUGUUCUUCUGUGUCUUUAUGCUGCAGAUAUUUUAUAUGAAGCUACGCUGGCGUCUGACUUUGUUUCCUUGGUGGAGUUUGAGCCUUUUGAAUGUGUGUUUUCAGAUUUUAUUCCUGGUGUUGAGGUUCUGAUAAAAAUGUUCAGAGUUUAUAAUAAUGUGUAUAAAAUGUUUUACUUGUAUUGUUUAUGUUAGUUUUGUGUUAUAUAUCAUGUGUGGGAUGCAGUGGUGAAAUUUGGGAUUAAUUAAGUCUUUUCUCUGAAACUAUUCAGUUGGUGGACAUUUAAUAAAGACGGAGGAAGAAUGAAAAACAAAGCUACUGCAUGAUAAUAUAUAUAUAUAUGUAUAUAACAUAUAAGAUAGUGGACACAGCCUUGUUAACUGCCGUCUUGUUGUGAUGUCAAAAGGCUUAAACGUUUCCACCUUUAAUUUAGUUUGACCUAUAACCUGUUCCUGUAUUUAGGAGGAUAGUAAAAAUAAGAACAAUGAAAUAAUG